AUGAGCGUUUGGCACGAUCCUGCCCAGUCGGAACGGCCCUAUAGGGAACCCACGCCGCUCCCGGACAGCGUGCCCAAGGUCCCCGAGCUGGGCGCGACCAGUGCGCCGCUGAAGAGCGCCGCAUUCUUCCUCGGAGCAUACUGCAAGGACUACAAUGAGGACUUCAUGCUCUGCAAGGCAGAGAACCGUGACGCGGAACAUUGUCUCAAGGAGGGCAGGAGAGUGACGAGGUGUGCGAUAGACUUGAUCUCUAAGAUGCGGGACAGCUGCGCCCAGGAGUUCGAGCAACAUUGGAACUGCUUGGAGAAGAACAACCAGGAGUACUAUUUGUGCCGGAAACCCGAGCGAACGCUGAACAAGUGUAUGUUUGAGAAGUUUGGGCUUGUCAAAACUAUUCCUGGGGCGCCAGAGGGCAAGACGCCCAUUCAUGAAGUUGAGAAGCCAAUUUACAAGGCCAUACAGAAAUAGGUUCGCUGCGAAUAUAUUCUUUCCGACAUGUACUAGAGGCUGCUUCCGCAACAU